UUGGGCUGUCAGAAUUCACCAAAACGAUAACAAACUUCGGCUUGUUGUGGCUACGUGUUUUUCCAGCAUACGAUAAAAAAAAUCUCUUCUGCAUGUUUGCACAGCCGGAAGCUCAUUUGCAUUAACUCCUCGGCUUGCGGCCGGUUCUGCAUUAACCAAAAAGCCAAAACAAAACGCGAAAGCACGUGUGCUGUAGUGACCAAAAGUAUGCGGUUUCUUGAUUCGCUGCGACGGCUAGAUGCUUACCCGAAGAUAGACAAUGAAUUUAGCAUACGCACCGUUAGCGGAGCGGCACUUACGCUGAUUAGCUCGAUUGUGAUAGUCACCCUAGUGAUAGGCGAAAUCAAUGCCUACCUGUCGCCGAACGUUUCGGAGGAGCUGUUCGUGGACACGACACGGGGACACAAGCUUAAGAUUAAUCUAGAUUUUACCAUCCCCAGAAUAUCCUGUGACUACGUUUCGUUGGAUGCGCAGGAUUCAACCGGCGAGCAGCAUUUGCACAUCGAACACAACAUCUACAAGCGAAGGCUGGACCUGCAGGGCAACCAGAUCGAGGAGCCCAAAAAGGAGGACAUUCAGGCGUCCACGAAACGCAUCUCAAGUACGGAAGCACCGGCAACGACCACGGUCAAACCCGCCUGCGGUAGCUGUUACGGUGCGGCUAAAAAUGCUUCCCAAUGCUGCAACACCUGCCAGGAAGUUAUCGAUGCGUACCGCGAGCGCAAGUGGAACCCGAACGUGGAGGACUUUGAGCAGUGCAAAAACGGCAACGGCGGCAGCGUGGAAGGGAAAGCGUUCAGCGAGGGCUGCCACAUCUACGGCACGAUGGAGGUGAACCGGGUCGAGGGCCGGUUUCACAUUGCGCCCGGCAAGAGCUUCUCCAUCAACCACAUCCACGUGCAUGACGUGCAGCCGUAUUCGUCGUCCCGGUUCAACACCACGCACCGCAUCAACACGCUGUCGUUCGGGGAACAGUUCGGGUUCGGUACUACCCGCCCACUGGACGGACUGAUGGUGGAGGCGACGGAAGGUGCGAUGAUGUUCCAGUAUUACAUCAAGAUUGUUCCCACCAUGUUCGUGCCGCUGAAUGGACCGACGCUGUACACGAACCAGUUCUCCGUCACGAAGCACCAGAAAAGUGUGACGGCAAUGAGCGGCGAAACGGGCAUGCCGGGCAUUUUCGUCAACUACGAACUGUCGCCGCUGAUGGUUAAAUUUACCGAAAAGCGAAACUCCCUUGGCCAUUUCGCUACCAAUGUAUGUGCAAUAAUCGGCGGAAUCUUUACGGUGGCCGGCAUCAUCGACUCGCUGCUCUUUACCUCGAUACACGUGAUCAAGCGCAAGAUUGAACUUGGAAAGGCCAGUUAA